GUGGUCUGAGGCUUUAGUUAUUGAGAAAAAUCAUUUUUUCUAUUGGGAUGACCAACUUCUUUGCUCUCCAUCAGGUCACCUAUCCCACGAGGGUCUUAUAAAAAAAGCAUUUGGAAAUUCAUAUCCACAAACAACAACUGAAAAUAACCCAAUUUUCUCUCAUAAGAUGGAUAAAAGAAUUCCUACUAAAAUCCUCUUUCCUCUCUAUCCCAUCUUAACCAUAAUUCUGUCUCAUGCCAUCACAAACCAACUCCUCAACCCUCCAAGACGACACUCUUGCCCUUCUUGAAAUAAAACGUGCCAUUGAUCCCAACUCAGUCACCCCAUCUUCCUAUCUCAAUAGCUGGGACUUCACAGUGGAUCCAUGUGAAAUCACAGGCUCACAAUUCCUAGGAAUAUUGUGCAACUUGCCCCUUGAUAACUCCUCUAGUAGAGUAACUGAAGUUGAUCUCGAUGGCAUUGGUCGUGAAGGUUUCUUAACACCAGCCAUAGGGAACCUCACAGAGCUAACAGUACUCAACCUCAACAACAACAAAUUUCGGGGUCCAAUCCCAGAAACCAUUGCCAAACUAAGAAAACUAACAAGACUUACCAUGUCACUAAACUUUUUCACUGGGGCCAUUCCCCAAGGAAUCACUCAACUCAAAAAUCUUCAAUAUAUAGAUGUGUCAGGUAACAGGCUCUCAGGCCUAAUCCCCACUAGCAUCACUGGAUUGAGAAGCUUAACAUAUUUGAGUUUAUCAAACAAUGGAUUUGCUGGCAGAAUUCCAAACCUCACAGGGUUGUGGCAACUUAACACACUAGACCUCAGUGUUAACCAGUUCUAUGGGGAUCUUCCAAACCUUCCAGUGAGUUUGAGAAACAUGUAUUUUCACCAUAAUAUCCCUAAGGGACUACUCAUACACCUCAAAUGGUUAGUUGUGAGUGAUAACAGACUCUCAGGUGCCAUCAGUGGUGAUGUUCUUUCCUUAAGAAAUGUUGUUCAUCUAAAUGUUUCUUUCAACCGCUUCACAGUAUUGGAGGUCAUCGAUUAUUCUUUGUUCAUCUAAAUGUUGUUCAUUUGA